CCGACCCUCGUCUCCCACUUCACAAUUGCGAAACCCGCCCCAGUCAUUCUCAUCUCUUAUCAUUAAAGCCAUUAGCAAACCAAAGCAAAACAGUUGUUUUCCUCAAAAAAAGUAAAAGAAGAAUUCAUUUUUUUUUGUCUGUCUAUUACAUGGCGCCGAGAGAAAGAGCUGUCAAGGGAAACGGUAACGGAAUCGGAAAGGAGGUGCAUUUUAGAGGAGUGAGGAAGAGGCCAUGGGGGAGAUAUGCGGCUGAGAUUAGAGACCCCGGGAAGAAAAGCCGUGUCUGGCUUGGAACCUUUGACACGGCUGAAGAAGCCGCUCGUGCUUACGACACGGCUGCCAGAGAGUUUCGUGGUGCCAAAGCCAAGACCAACUUUCCUUAUCCUAUCGAAAAUGCGAACGACAUGAACAACAACAAGAUUGAUGAUAAUAAUAAUAAUAAUAAUGUUAAUUGUCACAGUAACAACCAGAGCCCGAGUCAGAGCAGCACGGUUGAGUCUCCGACGAGAGACCCAUCGGCUCUUCUCGUUGAGUCCUCGCCGUUGGAUCUCAAUAUCGCUCAGGGUCAUGCCUACGCUGGCGCCGCGGCGGGUUUUGGAUCUGUUCCGGUGAGGUUUCCUUUUCAGCAGCACCACCACAGCUCCGGAUUCUUCGCCGGAGGUCUGCCGGAGGCGACGGCGAAUCACAUGAUCUACUUCGACACGGUGGUGCGCGCCGGGAUGCUGGCCGGUCAUCCGUAUAACCAGCUGAAUUUUGAUCAUUUCCAGCCGGCGGCGACGUUUUCCGGUGGGGUCCAGAGCGACUCGGACUCCUCGUCCGUCGUCGAUCUGAACCAUCGAGAACAGAAGCCUCAAAAACUCGGAAUCCUCGGUCUCGAUCUCAACCAGCCUCCACCACCGGAGUUUGCAUAAUUUUUUUGCCGAUCACCAAAAAAAAAAAAAAGUCAUCGGAUUUUAAUUUUCGCUUCCUUUUUAUUUAAUUAUAAUUAUAAUUUUUUUCCUUUUUCACUAAGCUAGGGAAAAAUAGCCAAAAAAGAAAAAAAAAAAAAAAAGUGAAAAAAUACGGUAAGAUUGAGAAUUAUCAGAGGUCGAUGUGAAUAGGCAGUAGCUGAUCUCUUUUUUUGCAACAGCUAAACGAUGCGUUUCUUGCUGUUGUUCUAAAUUUUACUUAUUAUUAGGACUCUUUUUUUUUCCGUUGUAAUAUUUCAUUUUCGGCAGUGUUGUAUUUUGCUGGAUAAUUUAACACUAAUAAUUUCUCAAAUAAAAUUAUAUUUGAAUUUUUAGAAA